GUUUCAACGAUAACGCCUGCCAGUUCUACAGGCAUCCUCUUCUGAACAACGCCGCUCAACUCACUAGAGGAGUUACGGAGGCUCCUGACAAAUUCCAUGCUUCAUGAUUCGUCCAAGUUGGAAGCGGAUGUGCUCUUUCCGCAAUGAAGUCGAUACAUGAUUUUGAAGCUUGCUUCCCCGUCCAGGAAUGAUUGGAAAACGAGCAUCAAGACCCAGCAAUCAACGUUUCAACUCACCGGAACAUGGGUCAUUCUCAAUGGCAGACAACAACGUGUUCAGAGCAUUGUCGCCUUUCCCCACACAUUAUAAUUGCAUUCGUUGGUCUAGAUCGCUUUACUCGAGACCUCAAUGUCGCCUAAACGUCGGUCAACCACCAACCAGAUGUUCAAUAACACGAUGGAGCCUACGAUAACUGGCGGGGAGUUCUAUAACAUUGGCGGAGACCUUGCUCAAAAUUCAUACACUACGGUGGCCAGUCCUCAUAAAACUCUAUGGGAUACAAUCGCCGGUGUUGGUGCUUCCCACAAUUCGGAUUUACAGUUUGCUCGCGGCAGCUGUCUCCAUGGAACCCGUGAAACGGUGUUACAAGAUAUCUAUGAAUGGAGUACUUCUGGAAGUCACUCCUCCCCCGUGUGCUGGCUUUCAGGAGCUGCAGGAGUAGGCAAGUCAGCCAUCGCGCUGACGGUUGCCAAAUCGUGCGCCAAAAACGAAGGACUGGCAGCAUCUUUCUUUUUCUUCAGAUCGGAUCCCAAACGCAACAACCCUUCCUUCCUCAUGUUGACAAUUGCGCAUGGUCUCUCUACCGCAAUACCACCGCUACGCCACAUCAUCGACCAAAAGCUCGCCAACGAUCCCAGCAUUUUGGAAGCCACUUGGGAACAGCAAUUCGCAGAACUUGUCAUCACUCCGUUACUGAAAAGGAGAUGGUGGAGACGUGUACAGGAACGAGUACUGCCUCGGUCGAUUCCUAAAUACCCUAAUCUCGUCAUUAUCGACGGCUUGGAUGAGUGCAGUGACAAUAAGACCCAGCGGCGAGUUCUAUCCAUAUUAAUAUCUGCCUAUCAGCACUCCGAUUUCCCUCUGCGAUUUCUAAUAUGCAGCCGCCCUGAAUCUUGGAUUCGAGACGUUUUCGACGAUCCACACACCAGCGCUCUUACCAAACGCAUAAUGCUAAAUACUUAUCCGUCGAGUGAAGAUAUCGAACAGUACUUUCUUCAGGAAUUUGCCAGCGUUCGCAAAGAUCCCAGGUAUUCCCAGGUCAAGUUUCCGAGCCCAUGGCCUUCUCAUGCGGACAUCCAGCGUUUGGUUUAUAAUGCUUCUGGCCAAUUCAUCUAUGCAACGACUAUGAUGAGAUUCGUGAAGGAAGAUUAUUCACAUCCUAUAACGCGACUUCGUAUAAUCCUUGGUGAUUUAUCCACCCAAAUCCCUCCGAAAUCCCCUUUGGUUGAGCUCGACACCCUCUACCACAAAAUUGUGUCGGCGAACUCUGAACAAGACAAGGUCCUCUCCAUUCUUGGCGCGAUCCUUCUACUGCCAGACCAUGCUCCAUCAUCACCGGAGUUUAUUGAGUUGUUGCUUGAACUCUCACCAGGAGAAGUAGAUAUUUCAUUGCAAGGGAUGCACUCAGUACUAGAUGUUCGUGGCCCCAGCGACGAGAUUCAGGUUUAUCACACCUCCUUCACCGAUUAUCUCUACGACGAACCUCGAUCUGGCAUUUUUUAUAUAAAUGGAGCUGCACAACGUGACUUCCUCGCUUCUCAAUGGCUCAAGGUCCUUUCGGAACAUUGCAAACCUCCAGUGAAGAGCUUUGACUUAUCCACUGGAAUCAUAUUCGCGAAAUGGGCCGACUUUUGUUCCUCCGUAGAGCAGCCUAGCAAAAAGUUACUCCAUGAUCUGAAAUCUCUCGACCUUCUCAACCUCUUUACGGCUGCUAGUGUUAACCUUCCUUCCCGAAAGGAGAAACCAGUUCCUACCGUGAAAUUGAGGGCCCACUGGCCAUACUUGGCCCUAUUGUUCCAUUCCUUUCAAACUGUCUCUUCCUGGUUAAAGCAAGCGGGCAAUAGUGUGGACCCGGAAAUUAUUGAACGUUUCGACAAUGUCCCGGAUCAUCUUCGCGUGCAGGACCUAUCAGAUGAAGAAACUCGGAGCGACCUCGAAACUUGGAGGACCUUGAACGUCACGGGCUGCGAAUGGGAGUCUUCAUUGACACAACGGGUGGACGCCUCAGUUGCCAAGAUACUUAAUAGGGUACACAGCAGCCCUUCUAUGUGCCCUCUUUCGAUAGCCCGUUCUACUUCAGGGAUCGGCACCAACAUUCAAGUCAAUUCCUUUCAGAUUGUAAAGCGUUUGAGUGAUGAUCUUCAAACCUCAGCAGAGUUUUUCCGACGCUCAAAGAAAGCCGGCAUUCGUGAAGAUAGGUCGGAGAUAGGAGCCAUAAUUUUGAAUCUGCUGAAUUCGAGGUUACUGGAAUGUUGUGGUCCUAAACCGGAGGUUUUCUCCAUGUUCUGCACAAUCUACGAGAUUGCAGUGGAAUUCAAGAAGGAUCUGAAUCGGUCAUACUACCGACUGGAAAGUUUCCAGCAAAAACUACUUUCAUGGUGCGAUUCCUUUCCGCAUGAUGCCGAUCGUAAGGAACUCCUCAGAGCACAAAUCCUGGCUUUCUUUCAGGAACGUAACGAGUCCUCGAAACCCUUCUGCCCCUGCCAGUAAUCUUCACCGCUUCACCAUCAGUCGAUCCAAUGCUACUUGGCACUAUGUGGAGGUCAUUACGAGAUGAGCGCACAUUGCGACCAUCGUGCCUCGCAUGGUCUAAUAUUUCCCCAACCGAACAUGAAGUCUCUUGCCAACCUUGGCGUAAAUUUCUGAAGAUUCUAGCAGCUCCCAGCGGUAUCUACACUCCAGCGCAUACUGUAUUGUAUGACCCGACCACUGGCCAUUAUUCUAUUCCAUUACCCGUGACUCGGAACGCAAUCCGGCCGUAAUAGACAGAACGGGAGAGUAAUGACUAACUCCAGAAUCUGGAUAGUGUAUUGGCGUUGGAAGAGCCGAACCUUUUCGAGCGAUUGCUUGCUUCACGAGACGCGACUCCCUUGCUUCUCAAUCGCUUCAGGUUUUUGCCGAGCACGAUACGCCUCUUCAACGGGUCAAAAGUUAUGACAAACUUGAACCGUACUAUAAAGCUGAAUUGGCAUGGCACGCUUAAUAACUUAGAGCUGAGAUACGGACACUUCCAAUGAAAAAGGAGCUGAAAGAUUUACACCUACUCGGGGAGGGUUCAAACGUUCAAGCUUCAAGCUUCAAGUUUGCCAAAUCCUGUUCUUGGAUAGUACUAGCUGCAAGUCACGUCAUUUGACUAGGCAGAUGCGGGUUUCGAUACGUAAAUGGACAAGAUAAGAUAGGAACCGUUCGGUUCGGGAGUUGUGUAAUCACGGAGCACCACAGAGCAGAAAACGAAAAAGCUACUGGUGACUGCAACUCGUUGUACUCAUAAUUUUGACGGUUACACACCGCAUCUAUAACGGAAA